GGCAAAUUAUGGCGCUACCCAUCACGGCACAUUAGAGGAGUUUGCUGUUCCGGUAGAAUAGACUGUUGUUGUCCUUUUUAGACGGUUUUGUCUGCGGUUUGAUGUUGUGGUGUGUGUGUGUGCGGUGCACAGCCACAGUGUGAAGAGCCGCUUUGGGUUUAGAGGAGAGAAAUGGCGAUGCAGGGGGGUAUUCUGUUCCAGGAGAAGGUCGCCAGGCUUGUGAGCAAACAGAACGGCAGACCGGUGCUCAAACCCAGUAGGCCCCUGGUCCUCAGUGACUCUGUGGCCAAUCGCAAACCGAAGAAAGGAGAGGCCACCUGUGUCACAGAGAUGUCGGUCAUGAUGGCCUGUUGGAAACAGAACAGUUUUGUGGAAGAGCUUUGCUCCAGUGAAGUGAAGGCUUUUUAUUCAUGUGUCGAAAAGGCCCAGGCUGCAAUGAAGAAUAAAUCGAGCCUUCAGGGAGGACGUCUGUCUCCAAAAGAAGCUACAACUCUUCUCAAGAGAUUUCCCAACCUCUGCUCUGAGGUCUGACAGACAGACUGUGGUUUUGAAAUGGACUGAGUAUUCAGCACAAACACAUUCCUUCAUCUGUAUCGCUACAGUACAAAUCAAAGAUGGGAUGUGUGAUGUAUUUAUAGGAGAAAUAAAGACAAAUUCUGUGAUUUCAACAUGAACACACUGCAUUUUUGUUAAUAUGAAGGUCUGACAGUUACUUUAUUUUGAUGACUAAUACUCCAUAAUGCUGUUUAAACUCCAUUUGCUUUAUGGUCUGAA